AUGGCUCAACCGGGCCCAGCUACGAGAACCCUAAGGAAGCGUAAAGACCCAGUGUCGACCAACGAUGAUUCUGGCGCGGUAAUGGAAGCGAUGAAACCUCUGACCGAUGAGGAGCGUCGAAGCUGGAAAGGCUGGGUUGAACUAGAGUCUGACCCCGCUCUAUUCAACUUUAUCUUACGAGAGUACGGCGUCAGAGAUGUCAAGAUCCAGGAGGUCCUCGCACUAGACGACGAAAUGUUGGGUUUACUCCCCAACCCAGUCUAUGGGCUGAUUUUCCUUUUCAAAUAUCGGGACGAGGAUGAGGAUGCUAAGGCGGAGACGGAGGUGGAGACUAAGACUAAGGCGUCAAAAUGCCCAAAGCAAGUGUGGUUUGCCAACCAGACAACGAACAAUGCCUGUGCCACAGUAGCACUACUAAAUAUUGUUAUGAACGUGCCAGAAAUUAAUCUCGGUGACGUGCUCUCCGUCUUCAAAAAGCACACCCAGGGGUUGAAGCCAGCAUACCGUGGCCAGAGGCUUGGUUGUAAUGACUUUAUUAGGUCUAUUCACAACUCCUUUGUCCGGCGAAUGGACAUACUUAAUGCUGACUUGGCCCUCCAAGGUGAAUUUGAACGGUGGAAGCGAAUAAAGAAUAACCCUAGACGCAAGAAGACCUCAAACACAAAGACCAAGCCAAAAGACGAGGAUGAGCCUGGCUAUCACUUUAUUGCAUAUGUCCCCAUUGACAACGUUGUCUGGAGGCUCGAUGGCCUUCAACGACACCCUACCAAACUUGGACCAAGCGGCGACAAUUGGAUGGCAGUGGCUCGAGAUAAUAUAUACAGGCGUAUAUGCCAGUAUGAAGACGACGGAGUCCAGUUCAGUCUUCUGGCCCUGGGUGCUAGCCCAUUACGCACGCUCCCUAAGAAGAUUGCCGCUAGUAUGAAGUCAGUCAUGGCCGUCGAGGAGGUCCUUUCACUCGUCUUACCAGAUUGGAAGUUAUUCGUCACCGGCGAUAUUCCCCCCACAGCCAGUGAGCUGUGUGAAUCGUUUGGCGUUACCAAUGAUCUUAUCGAGACAACGGAGCUUCCAAUAUCCACAAAGGAGGACCUUGAGAAGACUGGUAGCGACCCACAAAAGCUCAUGGAACUACGACUCAGGAUGGUGGGUGAUUAUGCCGCACUCUGCCGCUCUUACCUAGAAGAAGCGGCCUUGAUCGGUCAAGAGGAUGACCAAGCCGCUAAGCGUAAGGAGGAUCACACUCCAGUGAUCUACUCUGCAAUAAAAAAAAUUGCCGAGGCUGGAGUGUUGAAGGGUAUAGUCGCGGAUAUAAGAGAAAAUGGAAUGAAGCUAUAA